AUGCCAAUUUUUGGGAAAUUUUUUGCCAUCGCUGCGUUAUUUUGCCUAACAACUUUGUUCAUACAGGUGAUUAACUGGAUAAAAAUAACUGAAAAUAAAAAUGUUUUGAAACGUAUUGGCGAGAACGAACUUUUUCCAACAGAUCGUCGUCACUUGAAUGAUAGAAUUGAUAUUCAGUUAAAAUACAUUCCAUAUAAGCUUCGAGGACAAACAGUGAUUAUAUACGUUGCUGACGACAUUGAUGUACCACUUGGGUACCGAGAAUUUCAGAAAAAAGGCUGUUUGGUACGAAACUGUUUCAUAACUAAAGAAGCUAAUAAGCAAAUUGAUGCGGAUGUGGUCGUAUUCAGUACGAAUUCACAAAUCUUUCUAAAAUACAACCGAUCAAUUACUCAGUUAUGGAUAUUACAACUUCUCGAAAGUCCACAACAUACCGGGUCACUUCGAUAUCUCAAUUCUUUGAUCAAUUAUACCGCAAGUUAUCGUUGGGACAGCGACAUUGUCACACCUUAUGGCAAAUGGGUAAACAAAUCUCAAAAUAAUCAACAACCAAUGAAAUUUAAUUUUUCCAAAGGUAAAACGGGUAAAGUGGCGUGGUUUGUUGACAUAUUUGGUGAAUGCGGAAAUGGUCGAAUUACAAAGGUAAAAGGAUCAUCGCUACUCAAAAAUAAGUACAAAUUUUAUCUGGCUUUUGAAAAUAGCAAUUGUCGUCAUUACGUUACGGAGAAAUUAUUUGAUAAGGCUUUUUCCAAUGAUAUUCUACCAGUAGUGAUGGGAGCAUCGAAAGAAUUCUAUCAGAAAGUAGCACCACCAAAUUCUUUUAUCCAUGUCAACGAUUUUACGGGACCUGAGGAGUUGGCAAUGUAUUUGCAUAAACUUGACCGCAAUUAUGCACUCUUCAAUAAUUACUUCUUUUGGAAGGGAAAAGGAAAAUUUAUCGAUAGUCUCUUUUGGUGUCGACUGUGCUCUAUGGUUCAAAAUCCAACUCCUAAAAUAUAUCAAAAUAUCGAUGGCUGGUGGCAUAAAACAGGCGACUGCACCAACUAA